AUGCGCACCAACCAAGUCAUCAAGUACACCUUGUUUGCCUCCUGCUACCUCUUCUGGGUGAGUCGAGAGCCUUGGCACGCCUGGCGCCGGCUCCUGUGUUGGCAGCGGGCCUCCGAGGGCUUAGGAGUUCACCCAGAGGCUGCUUUCUACGGCUCUCAGAGGCUGGGCUGCCUUUGCCAAGGCCUCCCUUGGGCCCACGGGGAGUUCGGGGCCGGCUCCUCUCCCCUGGCACAGUCCCGACCUGCCCUGCCCACAGUAAGCCACAGGGCAUGAGUGUGUGGCGCCCUUUUUGCAAAAACAGGAUGCGACGAACAGCUUGUUCUUCUGCCCUCUCCAGGUGGCCGGUGGGCUGAUGGUAGCCGUCGGGAUCUACGCCAGGCUUUCCAAGGAAGGGGGUGAGUGGGGCGGGGGCACCCUGCUUGGCACUGGGGUUUCGUGGCCCACAGAAAAGUCAAUCUCCAGGAUACAUUGUCAAACGCCUUCUCGACGUCUGCCAACAUUAGGGCUGCCUUUUUGCGCGGUCUCAUUUCUAAACAUUCUAUAAUAUCUAUGACCAUUUUUGUAGUAUUUUGGAUCUGUCUGCCCCGUAAGAAACCUGAUUGUUCGUCUCCAAUUAUUCUCCCCCGGUUUUUUAAAGUUGCACCAGAUUUUUAAAACUCUGCAAUAUUCCCUUUGUGUUCCAUCUUCAGUGGGGCAAUGGGCUUCACUCGAAGGCGGGUUCGGGGGUCUAGGAACACUAGAUUGGGGAGGGCAGUUUAGAGGUAAAGCCUAGGCAACCCUGCUGGCCCCUAAAGGGAAAAAACUGCAUGUGAGAUGAAUAUUGCAUAGCUCCUGAGCAUGUGUGGAGUGCCUUUCCUCGAUUGCUUACAGUGGUUUUUGGGCUACAGCUGUUUUUUGGGCUACAACUCCCAUCAUCCCUAGCUAGCAGGGGUGAUGGGAAUUGUAGUCCUCGAAAAAGCUGGAAACCCAAGUUUGGAGAACACUGAUCUGGUCUGACCUUCUGCAAUGCAUGAACAUAUAACUGUCCCUUACAGGAACCGAAUCUGCAACCUUGGCGUUAUCCGUACCAGGCUGUAGCCCCAUGAGCUUAUUAUUAUUACUAUCAAUCAAUCAAUCAAUCAAUCAAUCAAAUUUCUAUUCCACCCUUCAUCUGAGGAUCAGAGGGAGGUUUACCUUCCCAAAUGCAAAGAUACAAUAACAAAAUGAAAACAGUAUCCAUUCUCCAGUUUAAAAGACCAUAGAUUGUUGAAUUAUUAGCCGUAGACCGGGGUGAAAAGAGGAAUACUGCUGCCUGGCGCCUAGAAAACCAAAGCAGAGCCCAAUAUUUCAAAGCCGUGGUUCAGAGCAGCGAGUUCGAAAUCCCCGUGCUUUGGCUCCGAGAGACUCUGAGCCUUGACUCUCCCUUUUCCUCGCUUUGUGCCUGAUUCUUUCAGCGGUUCUCAACCUGCGGGUCCCCCAAUGUUGUCAGACCACAACUCCCAUCAUCCCUGAGCUCUGGCCUUGCUAGCUAGGGGUGAUGGGAGUUGUAGUUCAAGAACAUCUGGGGACCCACAGGCGGAGAAAGGCUGCUGGGCAUUUCCUCUGGGCUGGUCUCUUACCUGGCAGGUGGGUGGGUGGGCACCCUUGGGUGGGUAGGCACCCUCUCCUCUCCUCUCUGCCUCCCUCCAGGCGCUGUGGACUCCCUGCUGGCAGACCCCUCCGUCGUCCUGCUGGCGGUGGGCGUCCUGGUGUUCAGCGUCACCUUCGUCGGCUGCCUGGGGGCCUUGCGUGACGUCACCCCGCUUCUGAAGGUGGUACGUACGGCAAAGGGACCCCUGCCACUCCCUCCAUUACCCCCUCAACAAUGGGCAAAGCCUCCUGCUCAGUCUUUUGAUUUGAGGGUGCCCAUGGGCAUUUUAGGGGUUGCCCAGCCACCCAAUGCCAGGGACACAGGGUGCCCGUUUGGGAGUGGGCAUAACUCAGCGGCAUGGGCUCCUGCUUGGCACGGAAUAAAGCUCAUCUUCAAACCCUGCGUGGCAGAAUCUCCAGAUGUCUUGCCCAAUGCAAACAAGGGGAACCAUGGGGCAGGGUCCAGGAUGCUCAGAUUACUGCCACCAGACCUCCCCUUCCACGAUGUAACCGUGAUGUAUGAGUGAUGUAGUUUGGGGGAGGUGUAACAUGGGGAUUGGGAUGUGGGUGGCACUGUGGGUUAAACCACAGAGCCUAGGACUUGCCGAUUGGAAGGGUGAGCUCCCGUUGCUCAGUCCCUGCUCCUGCCAACCUAGCAGUUCCAAAGCACGUCAAAGUGCAAGUAGAUAAAUAGGUACCGCUCCGACGGGAAGGUAAACGGCAUUUCCGUGCACUUCCAUGCGCUGCUCUGGUUCGCCAGAAGUGGCUUGGUUCUGCUGGCCACAUGACCCGGAAGCUGUACACCAGCUUCCUUGGCCACUAAAGCGAGAUGAGCGCCGCAACCCCAGAGUCGUCCGCGACUGGACCUAAUGGUCAGGGGCCCCUUUACCUUUAACAUGGGGAUUAGCAGCUAAUAAAAGUUUGGGUUCUCUUUUGUUGGGGCUUCCAUCUUGUUCCACCUGGUGGCAGGUGGGAGUCCUGUCUCGAGGGUCUUCAAUAAAGACCAAGCCUACUGGCUGCUCUUUUGCUCUGGUAUUCCUGGCUGGUGUCCUUGUUUUUGGUCCAAGGGAGCCCUCAGAUUUCUCCGUAACCCCCCCCCCAAAUUCCGACCAUGAAAAGUGCAGCUUAUAUUUGUGACCUGGCAAAAAUUGGCUUUUACGAUAUUGCUGCUGGAACAGCUGCCCUAGGCAUAUCUUAGCUAGAUGUUCCAGCAGCGUCUCCUUGCUCGGGAAGCGGUAGAGGUUUUUAAGCAGAGGUUGGAUGGAUGGAUGUCCACCUGUCCGGGAUGCUUUUGCUGAGAUUCCUGCGUUUCAGAGGGGUUGGACUAGAUGACCCUCGGGUGUCCUGUUGCAACUCCACGGUCCUGAUUCUCUGCUCACCUCUCCCCAGUUUGCCUGGCUCUUGCUGGUCAUCUUCGUCCUUCAGGUGGUGGCUGCCGUUCUGGGGUUCCUCUUCUCUGGCAUGGUAAGCAAAACAAAACGAUAGAUGAUAGAUAGAUAGAUAGAUAGAUAGAUAGAUAGAUAGAUAGAUAGAUAGAUAGAUAGAUAGAUGAUAGAUAGAUGAUAGAUAGAUGAUAGAUAGAUAGAUAGAUAGAUAGAUAGAUAGAUAGAUAGAUAGAUAAAGAUAGAUAUAGAACUUUAUUCGCAUUAGCCAGUGGCCACAGCAACAGUAAAACAUUACAGUAUACGCAGAUAAGGAAAUUUGUAUAAGAUCACAGUUUAAAGUCCUGAAUCAGCCGUAAGUUAUUGGCCCUGAUUCUGAUAAUAAUAAUAAUAAUAAUAAUAAUAAUAAUAAUAAUUUAUUAUUUAUACCCCGCCCAUCUGGCUGGGUCUGGCUGGGCUUCCCCAGCCACUCUGGGCGGCUUCCAAAACAAAUAUUAAAAUACUGUAAUACAUCAAACAUUAAAAGCUUCCCUAAACAGGGCUGCCUUCAGAUGUCUUCUAAAAGUCUGGUAGUUGUUGUUCUCUUUGACAUCUGGUGGGAGGGCGUUCCACAGGGAGGGAGCCACCACCGAGAAGGCCCUCUGCCUGGUUCCCUGUAACAUCGCUUCUCGCAGGGAGGCAACCGCCAGAAGGCCCUCGGGAGAGGGACCCAGGUGUCCGGGAUGGAGACACUCCUUCAGGUCUACUGGGCCAUUUAGGGCUUUCAAGGUCAACACCAACACUUUGAAUUGUGCUUGGAAACGUCCUGGGAGCCAAUGUGGGUCUUGAUUGCCCCUGCUAUGAUCCUAGCAACCUUUGCUGUUAUCUGCUCAUUGUGAUCUGAUAGAAGAAGAUUGUGGCAGUGGCUGAGUGCCCUGGGAUGGUGAGUACGAGUGGAGUGAUGAUCCCGUUCCUCAGGUCUUUGUAGAGAGCGCAAGCCGGGAGGACAUGUGCCGCUGUUUCGGUGCUACAGGGGCAAAGACGUUUCUCAGGCAGGACCUUUUGGAAUCGACCCUCAAGUACCGCAGACGGCAAAACAUCCAGUCUUGCAAGUGUAAAAGCACGUCUGUAUUUUGGGAUAAGGAGUUUGUGCGGAUAUGGGGCCAGAGAAUCAAAAUGGAGAGGUGGAAAAUGAACAAAACAAAAACGGCACCUGCGUAGCUUGGCAUUUGGGGCGAGGGGGGGCACAGCUCAUGGUUGGGCCCCCCGCUUUGUACCCCAAAGCUCUCCCAGGCCCAAUCCCCGUGAGAAUUAGAGCGGCUUUUCGGGCAUACAGAUUCACUCUUUUUCUCUUUUAAAAUGAUUUUUAUUUGAUUUCACCAGUGCAGUGGUACCUUGGUUCUCAAAUUAAGCUUACCAGGUGUCCCCGUUUCCAAGGGACAGUCCCUGACUUUACAAACCAGCCCCCCUACAAAAUCCAUGGGAGUUGAAAAGUGUCCCCGGAUUCAUUGGAAAAAAUCCGGUACAGUGGUACCUCGGGUUAAGAACUUAAUUUGUUCCGGAGGUCCGCUCUUAACCUGAAACUGUUCUUAACCUGAAGCACCACUUUAGCUAAUGGGGCCUCCUGCUGUCACCGCUACACGAUUUCUGUUCUCAUCCUGAAGCAAAGUUCUUAACCCGAGGUGCUAUUUCUGGGUUAGCGGAGUCUGUAACCUGAAGCGUGUAUAACCUGAAGCAUCUGUAAUCCGAGGUACCACUGUAACCUUUUUAUUAUUUAUUUAUUUAUUUAUUUAUUUAUUUAUUUAUACAUACAACAAGAAAAACACACACACAAAAAAAAACACAAAUACCAACUUACACACAAAUUACAAAAAUAACCAUAGACACAUAAUUUUCUUGGCAAACAAUAAAACAUCUAUUGGUCUUAACACUAAAGACCCAACUUCCCGUCUCUUCCAUAUUUCAAAUUCAUAUUAUGUAUUGCCAAUACACAUUUUUUUCAUAAUUAAACUUAUUCUCAAUAAAUCUAAUUUCUUCUAUCUACCUAGCAACUAUCACUGAAGUUCCUCGAAUGCUGCAACAGAAUUUAAACUACUAUAUUUAUUUUUCAGAUAUUCUUUGAAAACCUCCCAUUUAGAAACAAAUUCCUGUUUUGAUUUAUUCUUUAUUUUUUCGGAUAAACCGUCUAAUCCGGCAUAUUCUGUCAGCUUUUGGAUCCAAUCUUGUAUAGAGGGGAUUUCAUUACUCUUCCAUUUUGCUGCGAUCAAAACUCUUAACCUUAACUUAACCAGUUCUGGAAGUCCGUUCGGUUUGCUGCAAAGGGGGGAAGCUUAUUAAAUCUGCCGCAUUUUCCAAACUUUUCGCUGCCGGCUGGAGAUGCACUCUUGACGGGCGCAGGGGAGAUUUCUCACUGCUCCUGUACUCUCUCUCUCCCUCCCCAUCCUCCCUCCACCGUGUCCCAGGUGAUGGAGAAAGCCACCCUGCUGAUGGGACGAGCCAUCGCCCGUUACCGCGACAACCUGGACCUGCAGAACCUCAUCGACUACAUCCAAAAGAAGGUAAAAGUUUCUACCCACUCUGGAAGAAUGGCAGAUGAAGGUGAUUGACUACAUGGAACUGGCGGAAAUGACUGGCAGAAUCCGAGACCAGAGAGAAGAGACGGUGAAAGAAGACUGGAGGAAAUUUAAAGACUAUUUACAGAAAUAUUGUAAAAUUAAGGAAUCUUAGAAGGAUGUUGGAUAGAAACUAAGGGUUUUUAGCUGUAAUGCUUUAAGAGAUAUGAAAAAAGGUUUGCAACUGGGUAAUUUCAAUGGUAAGGAUUUGCUGAAUCAACAAAUUGAACUGGAAUACAAAAAAGGGAGGUAUGAGGAGGUCCGGGGAAAUAAGUAUAAGGAAGAUAGGUUAUGGAAAUUUAAUGUCCUUUUAAUUGUUUUAUUUGGUAUGUUUUCUUUUAUUUUUUACUUCUUUGGUUAUUUUUUUAAAAAAAACUUUAUUCUUGUUCUUUCUGCAUUCUGUAUUUUUUGUAUUAUUUUUUUUUGAAACUUUAAUAAAUAUCAUUUUUUAAAAAAAGGUUGAGGGAUGCCUAGGUUUCCCUUUCCCGCAGGGACAUAGCGUGGGUUGCCGGUGCCCCGGGGCAGGGCGGCUGUUUUGCCCCCUGGUGGACUGGGCCGGUCCCUUCGCCGCCCAGCGUCCGAACAAGAGAGUCCUCCUGUUGCUCCGAGUUCAAAUCCCGCUCAAGCGUUCCUUAUACCCUUUAAAUAAUCCAGGGGGAAAGCCUCCCGUUCUUCAGCGCCCUUCGCUCCUGUUUCUUUCUCCCCCCAGUUCGAGUGCUGCGGCGUCCACUCCUACAAAGACUGGUCCCAGAACGUUUACUUCGACUGCCGGGAUUCGAACCCCAGCCUGGAGCGCUGCGCCGUCCCGUUCUCUUGCUGCGUGCGAGGCAAAGAGGUGAGGAGGCAGCCCGACAGGCCAUGCUCAACCCGAACCGGACACUGACUGGUAGAAUCCUAACUAGAAGCCCUUACUCCUAACUGGCAUUGGAAGCCCUCACUCAUAACUGGCUUCGGGAGCCCUUACUCCCAGCGGGCUUGGGGAGGCCUUGCUGAUUUUUUUUAACUUAAUACCAUCCUUUUCAAAAGAGAACAAAUCUCUAUAGGUGCCCCAUUUUUCCCAUAUUUAAUUUCUUUUGGACAGUUGGGAAGCCCUCACUCAUAAUUGGCUUUGGGAGUCCUUACUCCCAGCUGGCUUGGAGGAAACCUUGCUGAUUUUUUAGAAACUUAAUACCAUACCAUCCUUUUUUCUUUUUUCUUUUUUAAAUGAUAUUUAUUAAAGUUUCACAAAGAAAGAAUCACAUCAGCAAAAAAGAAAAAUUCAAGAAUAAAAAGAAGAAUACACAAUGCAAAAUACAAAAUACAAAAAGAAAAAAGAAAAAAGAGUUAAAAACAAUUCCCUCUUUUCAUCACUACUUUUACAUUUACUUGUUUCCCGGACCUCCUCAUACCUCCCUAUUCCAAUCUAGUUUGUUAGUCCAGCAACCUUUCCUCCUUUUUUAAUCCUAACUUAAUCUUAAUAUAAUAUAACAUUAAAUUUUACCUACAAAAACCAAUUUUCCAUUCUUUUUAACCUUUUAACUUAACUUAAUCUUGAUAUAUUUAUAACUUUAAAGUCUGUACAGCUAGAAGCCACGACUUCAAUCUAACAUCACUCUAACAUUCAAUUUGCAAUAUUUCUGUAAAUAAUCUUUGAAUUUCUUCCAAUCUUCUUCCACCGACUUUUCUCCCUGGUCACGGACGGCCAGUCAUUUCCGCCACCCAUAUAGUCCAUCAUUUUCAUCUGCCAUUCCUCCAGUGUGGGAAGCUCUGUGUCUUCCAAUACUUUUGCAAAUGAGUAUUCUUGCUGCUGUUGCUGCACACAUAAAUAGUUCUAUCCUUUUUUAACACCGGGUUGGCCGAAUUAUGCCCAGAAGAAAGGCUCUGGUUUCUUCAAGAAGGUAUAUUUAAACACUUUUUAGCUCAUUAUAACCACUUCCAGAAAGCCUUAAUCUUUGGCACGCCCACCAAAGGUGAAAAAUGUACCUUCAGUUUCUCUUUUACAUUUCCAACAUUUAUUAUCAGAAUAUGAUAGAUUUUUUGUAAGCUUCUGACUGGGUUAUGUACCACCUGUACCAUUUUCAUAAUAUUCUCUCUAAGGCAUUACAUGCCGUGAACCAUACCUGUGGUCCAUAACUGUUCCCAGUCACAUCAUUAUGUUAUGUCCAACAUCUUGUGCCCAUUUAAUCAUAGCAGAUUUCACCGCCAUCCUGAGGUUCCAUUUCAGCAGCAAGUUAUACAUUCUGACAAAUCUCUUAGUUUUGGGUUCCCAACAGUUCUGAACCAAUUCUUGAUUUUUCCACCUGAGUUACAAUUUUCUUAUCCAAAUUGUAUGCCUCCACAUCUGGAAUACCAUACCAUCUCAAAGAAACUGGGGUCAAGACGAUUUGCUAUCUUUUGAAAAAAAUACCAUACCAUCCUUUUCAAAAGAUAGCAAAUCUCUAUAGGUGCCCCAUUUUCCCCACGUUUAGUUUCUUUAGGGCAGUUGGGAAGCCCUUGCUCUCAAUUGGCUUCAGGAGCCCUUACUCCCAGCGGGCUUGGGGAGGCCUUGCCCCUGUAUGUAGCUAGGCACUCCCUACAUGCACAUCUGCUGCAGCCGGAGCCCACCUGGUCCAGCAACCUGUCCCCACAUUGGCCAGCCAGACGCUUCUUCUAGGAAGCCCGCAAGGAUACCCAAGGCAUAGCUUUGGGGGCAACCUGCCCCGAACACUGCCAAAGAGUUGGAGGCCGUCGGCUUUCAUGCCUGCUGCUGGACGAGACGGGACCCCUUUGGUUCGGCUGCUCUGGGGUUCCCCAGAUCGUCUUAUUCGGAGUAGAGCCUCCUCGUCCCAAGGCAGCCUACCUCCAACCGCCAACAGUAUCCCGGAGGGCAAACGGAAGGCGGCGUCUUUGGGCUCUUGCAAAGGGGCCUUCCUAAUGGGCCACCCCAUUCUCUCGCCCGCUCCUCACAGGCCGUUCUGAACACGAUGUGCGGCUACGGGACGCAGAAGCUGAAGCCAUGGAAGGCCGAAUUUUUGGUGCACACCGAGGGGUGUUUGGAGAAGACGGUCCGCUGGGGGCGCAGCAACCUCUUCUUGGUGGCCGGGCUGGCCUUUGGGCUGCUGGUCCUGGAGGUGAGCAAGGGGGCCGCUGGGGGGGCUCCAAUCUUGUCCCUCCUCCCAAAAUCAGGGCUGCAGGCCUAAGCGCCUCCCUUCCAGCAAAAGCAUUCAAGGAGAAGAAAGAGGCAAUUUAAAAAAGGGGGGAUCCAGGAAAUUACAGGCCUCUGCAGGUUGUUGAAGGCAGAAUGGCCAAGUCUAGAGAAGGACAAGCCCCGCUGGAACAAGAACCAGCAUGGCUUCUGCAAGGAUAAGUCUGUAUUUCAAAGGCAAGAAGGAGGCUGGCGCAAAGGCAGUUUAAAAAAGGGGGGAUCCAGGAAACUACAGGCCUAUCCAGGUUGUUGAAGGCAGAAGUCUAGAGAAGGAGAAGCCCUGCUGGAACAGGAAACAGCAUGGCUUCUGCAAGGAUAAGUCUGUAUUUCAAAGGCAAGAAGGAGGCUGCGCAAAGGCAGUUUAAAAAAAAGGGGAGAGGGAUCCAGGAAACUACAGGCCUAUCCGGGUUGUUGAAGGCAGAAUGGCCAAGUCUAGAGAAGGACAAGCCCUGCUGGAACAGGAAACAGCAUGGCUUCUGCAAGGAUAAGUCUGUAUUUCAAAGACGAGAAGGAGGCUGACGCUAAGGCAGUUAAAAAAGGGGGGAGAGGGAUCCAGGAAACUACAGGCCUAUCCAGGUUGUUGAAGGCAGAAGUCCAGAGAAGGAUAAGCUUUGCUGAAGCAAGAAACAGCGUGGCUUCUGCAAGGAUAAGUCAAGGGCUGUAUUUAAUAGACAAGAAGGAGGCUGGCGCAAAGGCAGUUGGAAAAAGGGAGGGGAAGUAUCCAGGAAAUUACAGGCCUAUCCGGGUUGUUGAAAGCAGAAUGGCCAAGUAUAGAGAAGAACAAGCCUUGCUGGAACAAGAACCAGCAUGGCUUCUGCAAGGCUAAGUCUGUAUUUCAAAGACAAGAAGGAGGCUGAUGCAAAGGCAGUUGAAAAAAAGGGGAGAGGGAUCCAGGAAACUCCAGGCCUAUCCAGGUUGCUGAAGGCAAAAUGACCACGUCUAGAGAAGGACAAGUCCUGCUGGAACAAGAACCAGCAUGGCUUCUGCAAGGAUAAGCCCAUAAAUCCUGCUUGGGGGCUUCCCCUUGUGGGCAACCGGUUGGCUGGGCUGAUAUGGGCCCCCUUUGGUCUGAUCCUGUGGCCGCCAUGUGGCUCCUUUUACGAUUCCGAAGUGGAGCCUCCACGCGUAGAGCCAGUCUACCUUAGAACAGCGGAGAACAAGAGCAGGAGGGGGGUGCUGUUUCCCCCAGGUCCCGCUUGUGGGCUUCUUCCCUUUGCGAGGACAGGGGGCUGGACUUAUACGGGCCUGAUCCACCUGCGACGGCCACUGCAAGGCUCUCCUGAGGUCCUUAAAUGCAGUCACAAGCACUCCUGUCCUCCUUUCCUCGUUCCAGGCGGUCGUCUUCUCUCUCGCCGUUCUGCUCAUCUACCAGAUCGACUUCAUGAUUGAGAAACGGAAGAGCGUCAGGAGGAGGAGGAGCAAAAGCUGUCCAGCAACGUGA